UCUCUCUCUCUGCUCUCUGCUCUCUGCUCUCUGCUCUCUGCUCUCUCACUCCCUCUCUUAUUAGACUAGUUUUACUCUACUCUCGUACCUGCUGAAACGCCGUCUUCGAGGAAAGUAGUACAUCAGGUGGUUGGCAGAUGGAAAACCAUCGUCAAGCCAACGCCAUCCUAAUAUUCGUUUUUACAUUUGCAUCUCAGCUCUGAGCUCACCUCAACUCUCUCUCUCUCUCUCUGCUCACCCGAUUGACCUCCUUCCUCUCCUUCUCUGUAUAAACCCCUAAUAAACGUCUUCUUUUUCUUCUCUUCUCUCUUUCUUCUGAUUGCAGGGAAGAUUCUACUUCAGAGUUUAUUCUUUGAUCCUUUUCGUCUUCUUUGCUUUCUCUUCCUUUUUCUUUUCUUCUUCUUUGUGUCUUUGUGUCUUUGUGCGGGUGCAGAAUCUUCAGAUCCGUCGUAUUUUUCUUAUACAUAAGGCUGAACUCUCUCCACAAAGAAUCUCUCUUCUCUCAUUUGUAUUCGAGCCAAGUACCCGAACCUCGCCCAUUUGUUCAUUUAUUUCUCUCUAUUCUUGUCUUAUGUUGGUGAACGUCCAAGGGAUUGAAGUCCAACGGGAUCGUCGCUGUCUAUUAAUGUUGGAGAAUCCUCAACUCUAGGGAUUUUUUUUUUUUUUUUUCUAUCUUUUGGUAAACCUAAUCUAGGGAUCUAAACUAGGAGCGCAGGAGAUAUUAUUAUAUCUCAAUAACAGUUUCACGAAAAGAGAGAGAGAAAAGAAACGCCACAGUUCCGUAAAUGCGAUAGAUGAUCUAGAUUUGCAGCUUACUUUUGCAUUGCUCGGAAGAGAUCAUUAUUAAUUAAGCAUCAGAGAAGUAAAACCGAUAAAGAGAAAACAGUUCAUCCGUUUUAUUGCGAAAGCACUCGAGCAUAAUUGCUGCGGUUUUACAGUAGAUUGAUAGCUUUUGGCAGUUGGUACUGUGAAGGUCUCUCUUAAGAAACAGAAACUGUCGUGGAACAAGGAGAAACGUAGAUUGCACACAUAUUAUUUGUAGGUCUGCUGGGUGUAUCAGGUCGGUUCCAGGAGAGGUGAUCGACUCUGAGAAGAGAUGGGGAACUGCCAGGCAGCAGAGGCAGCGACGGUGGUGAUUCAACAUCCUCGAAGCAAGAUAGAGAGGAUCUACUGGUCCGUAAGUGCACACGAGGUCAUGACCUCCAACCCCGGUCACUACGUCGCUCUCGUCAUCCCCUCUCCCACUCUCAAGACCGAGAACGGGAUUCCGGUAAGGCAACUCAAGCUCCUUCGCCCUGACGACACCCUCCAUAUCGGCCAGGUUUAUCGACUCAUCAGUUUCGAAGAGGUGUUGAAGGAGUUCGCUGCAAAGAAGAGCGUGAAAUUGGGAAAGCUGCUCAAGGAGAGAGGACUCGAGUUGAGGAAAGACGGAGGAUGUUCGAGGCCUCCUUCUAACUCCAAUUCCAACUCCAAACCGGAGAACCCAAGUUCAGCCAAGGUGGAGCAGAUGGUUCACCGACCGAGCAGCAGCAGAGGAGCGGGGAGGCAUCAUGGUGGUGGUGGGCAAUGGAAGCCAGCAUUACAGAGCAUCGCAGAGGUUGGGAGUUGAAACUCUUCCCUACUUCCCACGCCCUUUCCGCUCUCUACCCACACACCCCCUCCACCAUUACAAUAAAAAUGAAAUCUCUUUUUAGUUUUUACUUCUUUUUGCGGCCUUAUCUUUUUUCAUCUCUACCUUCUUAUUUCUUUUCUUCUUUUUAAUAUAUAUAUAUAUAUUAUCUGAUUCUGAUCUGAACACCCCCUAGCCCUAGUGUUCGUCUUUAUCCUCCUCUUUGGAUGGAUCGUAAAAAGGAAGUAUUAUAAAAUUUGUCUGAUAUUACAGUAUUUUAUUUAA